AUGGCGCCGGCCUUGGAAGACGAUGAAAUCGACAACAAUGAUUACUAUUCUUUACUUAAUGUCAGAAGAGAGGUAGUGCAUGUUUGGAUCCUGUUCGGAUGUGUUUGUGUGGAUGUUUUUGAGAAGUGUUUUCAUAGUUGGUUUGAUGAAUUUGUCAAAGUUUUCUGGAACAAAUUGAAGCGGCGUCCGGUUUUGCUAGCCAGCUAAGCUAGCUAGCUAAGUGAGUCAGUUGACCCUCGCUUAUCAUUGAUUUCGGACUUUUGGGUAAAAUGUGGCUGGCCUAACUUCUGUUAUAGAAUGUGCGGCUACCAAAGAGGAUGCGCCCUGGCACCAGAAGCCAAACAUCCCAGCUCUCCCCACUAGAACCAAAUCCAGUAGCUGGCAGGAAGUCACUGCUCACGAGAGGUUUUGUUCUGGGUAGCCGAGAUAAAGAGCCAGCUUUCCCAUGCAUGCAAGUUUGAGUCUGCCAAGCAAAGACUAGCUGCUUGGCUUGCCACAUGUCGUAGUUAGGCCUCAAGUGCAACAUGUAAUGUUAGGUGUCGUCACUGUCGAAACAUUUGGUGUAAAGAUGUAUAUGUCUACUUGCAAUGUCAAAGAAGCCAAGGCAACACGGCACUGAACUUAGUGACUUUGCAUAACUGUAAGUGGAAUCAUAUUAACUAACUUGUACUUUCUCACAAGUAAGUUGAAGUUCUCACGUUUUCUUCUGUUCAUCCAUUAGGCGACACAGGAGGAGCUGAAGGGAUCAUACAGGCGACUGUGCAUGCUCUACCACCCAGACAAGCACAGAGACCCUGAAUUAAAGAGGCAGGCGGAACAACUCUUUAACCUAGUGCAUCAAGCUUAUAAGGGUAAGAUUAAUCUUAAACUGUGACUUCAUGUCAUUUACGAUUAUGGUUUUGCUCUGUUUCAGCUGAACAUUUAGCUCAACUUGCCUAUUAUUGUCUCUGCUCAGGAUUGUAUACAUGUGUAGCGUUCAUUGAAACUGAUCAGUUACAUGUUUCUCCCUGUAGUCCUCAGUGACCCACAGUUACGAGCCAUCUAUGACAUCUAUGGCAAGAGAGGGCUGGAUGUUGAAGGAUGGGAGGUUAGUCCAGCAGUUUCUCUUAGGCUUGCAUUUAUAACAUACAUAGGCUACUGUGGCAGGAAGAAGUACUAUAUAUUUUCUUUGUCAAGCUAAUAAGUGUCGCUGAUCAUCAGGCAGCAAUGGCUCAAAUGGUAUACUGAUUCCAGGUGGUGGAGAGAAAAAGAACACCAGUAGAGAUCCGAGAGGAGUUUGAGCGUUUGCAGAGAGAGAGGGAGGAGAGACGGCUACAGCAGAGGACCAAUCCCAAGGUUUGUGUGUGUUGCUAAUGUAUUAAUGACUACAGGACUGAAACCCUGCUGUAGUAUGAUCAUUUAUUGAUAUGACUGUGUCUCAUUCAGGGGAUGAUCAGUGUGGGUGUAGAUGCCACAGACCUCUUUGAUCGCUAUGAGGAGGAUUACGAUGAUUUGCCUGGAGGGGGCUUCUCACAUGUUGAGAUCAACAAGAUGCACAUAUCACAAUCCAUAGAGGUAAUAGAAAAGCUUGAAAUGUGUUUCAAAAUGGGGCAAUGUCACAGUGGGUAAAAGUAUGGCUUAUGGACCAUCACAUUGGAUAAUCAGGAGUAUUGUUAUUUGUUACCUACUGCAGGCCCCCCUCACCACCACAGACACAGCUGUUCUCUCUGGCUCCCUAUCAACCCACAACGGAAACGGAGGAGGAAACAUUAACCUGGCACUACGAAGAGUCACUUCUGCUAAGGGAUGGGGGGAGGUCAGGAACCACUCAAUCAUUUACAAUUUCUACCUACAUAUCACUCACACACACACACACACUGUAGGCUAGUGCUUUCAAAUGCUCACACAUAUACACUACAUAAAACAAACAAUUAUCACAUUUGUGUUCUAUUUUACACUGAGUAGUCCAAUGUGAGAGGUUAUAUAUUUGCGUACCUACCCAGGUAGAGUUUGGGGCAGGAGACACACACGGGCCCCUCUUAGGAAUGAAGAUAUUCCGCAACCUCACCGCUCGCUGGUAA